GCUAUGGGUUGAGCGCUGUACAAUGUGCCAUGCUUAUAUAUUUAAACCACAGUUCACAGUGGUUAAUAAAUUACACCCUCUCUUUGACAGUAAUUGGGGGGAAAAACAGUUUUAGGCUAGGGUUUCACGUAAACUCUUAGAUAUAAAGGGGGCAUUUAGUGUGCUCAUCGAUGGGUGAAAGUCGGCACACAUGUCAAGCUGAAGGCAGUAGUCGGGUUACUAAUAGGACACAACGCCUUGCAAACAUAUGCAUGAAGUUUUGUAUACAGAUGGCAGCGAGAAUAAUAGAGCCGACGCCUUUUAUAAAGCUGUAAGCAGCUCCUCGGUGACACACAAGUGGAAGAGAGACCAUCCAGACGGAGGGGGCAGAUAGCGCUCGGGAUUGUUUGUUACCGUUUUAAUCCUAUUAAUUAAAACGUUAACCUGAUUGGGUAGAAAGAUCCGUCCCAAUAGGCGAAUCUUCUUCAUAAUAAUAACCUGCUUUGAGAUAAUGAUGUAAAAGACUCCCCCGUCUGUUGCUGCUGCUGUUGCUGAUCGCUUCCGAAAUCUGGCGAAGGUGAAUCGCAGGCGGAUAAGCGCCGGAGCUGAGCUGACUACACACAUCACUUCAAAAGUAGAGCAGCCGUCAAGAUCGACUCGCAAAAUAGAAAGUUACAACCGCUGCCCGUGUCUAAAUAGACAUACAUUUUUAACCACUGUGUGUGUGAUCUAUAGAGAGGAGUAUGAACAUUAACGGAGCCGAAGGGGACCUCUUCCACAAAACUCUCGGCGCCGUCUCAGCAAAAACAAUGGACUCUUUCAGAUCGCCCGGCGGUAUCGAUCUGUCUUCCAGAGAUCGCCAAUCACCGAUCAACUGUUUCGAUCAGUCUGACUCCGACCCAAUCCAGGCGGGAGGACUGGGUGGAGGCAGAGGAGGAGGACUCGGUCUUUCAAGUGGAUCUUUAUGCGUUAAGUACGGGAAAACUGGCAACAACACUUCGGCAGCAGAGAGCAGCGGCGGAGAGCAAAGCCCAGACGAUGACAGCGACGACCGGUGUGACAUGGUGCUCAUGUCAGAUCAGAGGACCUCGACACCGGGAGGCAAAGCCGAGACCUCCAAUACUAAGAAAAGCAAAGAGCAGAAGACCCUAAGAUUGAACAUUAACGCCAGGGAGAGAAGGCGGAUGCACGACUUAAAUGAUGCCCUGGAUGAACUGAGAGCGGUUAUACCGUACGCUCAUAGCCCGUCUGUACGGAAACUCUCCAAAAUCGCCACUUUGCUACUAGCCAAAAAUUACAUCCUCAUGCAGGCUCAGGCUUUGGAAGAAAUGCGAAGGCUAGUGGCUUAUCUUAACCAAGGUCAGGCUAUAUCCGCAGCCUCCCUGCCAGCUAACAGUGCGCUUAACCCAGGUUUGAGUGCCUACGAUCAGCCGACGGGAUACCCUUUUCCUGCCGGACUAGCAGCCGCAUCUUGUCCGGAUAAAUGUGCCAUAUUUAACAACGUCACCUCCAGCCUCUGCAAGCAGUGCACUGAUAAGCCUUAAAACAGUUUUUCGUCCAUUAGCUGUAUUUUAAAUGACAUCGAAAAAAAAAAAGCAUAAAUGACCGCAUACAAACUUAUGGAUAACUCGCUAUGAAUAAAGACGUACGGACUCUUUAGGACUGUGAUCACAGAAGUGCGAAUUUACUUUGUGACUUCAAAGAGGGAAAUGUUAAAAAAAAAAAAAAAAAAAGCGAAGCACUUGAAAAGAAAGAACAUACCUUUAAAAAUACAUUUUCUUCUAGCUUUGACUAUACUUGAUUAUGUAAAUAUAAUUUAUGCUCAAAAUGAAGCUGAGAAUGAAAACAAAAACUUUAUGCCUGGUUGCGAGUGUUAAAUUAUUUUAUUCAAAUGAUUUAUUGUGCACUUUGUAAGUGACUGUUUUGCAGUUAUUUUCAGCCUGACUAGAUUAUUUAUUAUUUUGAUGAUCUGACAGAAGUAAUAAGCAAACAAUUUUCCAUUAUGUCCUUUUCGGUUAAUUUGCUACUUUGUAUUAGAGUCAACCUGUAUGGCGUUUACCUUUUAUCAGGAAAGCAAAACUACAAUGUAGAACACAAACCUUUGCUUUUUAAAACUUCAUGGAAGUUUGCUUUAUGGGUUAUGUGAGUAAGGAUUGAGCUUUUACAAAAACUCUUUGAAACGGCAAAGCCAGUUAUUUUAAGAGUUUAUGGCCACUCACGUAUAGGGUUUUGUUAUGUAUUGUUUAAAACAUGUGCUGAUGAAGUUUCACAUGCACUAACCUGAAAGUGCUCCCAUUUUGACAGCUGUAACAUGUUUUUCUAAAAUGGUUUUUCAUAUUUGUGCUGUCAACCCCACGAAGAUGGCUGGUAUUCUCCUUUUUUAUUUUAUUACUAUUAUUAUUAUUGAUUUUCCUAUUUUUUCGCAUGACAAAGUGCAUUCUACCACUGAUAUCCAAGUUUCGAGUACUUUCGAAUGUCUUCUCAUAUGUUUUUAAGGUCUUUUAAUCAGGAGCCGGGAGUACUGUAAUGGGUGAUACUGAUUGUCAGAUCUAGGAGACAUUACACGCACUACUGGUCAGAAUAUUGCUGCAAGAGGGGCAUCUUUAUGUGUUUCUGUGUUGAAAAGCUUUAUUAAAAUAUUUUGAACAAAACA